AUGGUCAAAGAGACAAAACUUUAUGAUUUACUUGGAGUAUCUCCAACUGCUAAUGAGCAAGAACUAAAAAAGGGUUAUAGAAAAGCUGCUUUAAAGUAUCAUCCAGAUAAACCAACGGGUGAUACUGAAAAGUUCAAGGAAAUAUCAGAGGCCUUUGAAAUUUUAAAUGAUCCUCAAAAGAGAGAAAUAUAUGAUCAGUACGGUCUCGAGGCUGCUAGGUCUGGUGGUCCAAGCUUUGGCGCCGGUGGUCCCGGUGGUGCUGGUGGUGCUGGUGGCUUCCCUGGUGGAGCUGGUGGAUUCUCCGGUGGACAUGCGUUCAGCAAUGAAGAUGCUUUCAAUAUUUUUUCACAGUUCUUUGGCGGCAGCUCCCCAUUCGGCGGUGCUGAUGACAGUGGGUUCAGUUUCUCUAGUUAUCCAUCCGGCGGCGGUGCUGGUAUGGGGGGUAUGCAUGGUGGUAUGGGAGGAAUGCCUGGAGGAAUGGGAGGAAUGCCUGGAGGAAUGCAUGGUGGCAUGGGGGGUAUGCCUGGCGGGUUUAGAUCGGCAUCAAGCUCUCCUACGUAUCCAGAGGAGGAAACAGUUCAAGUUAAUUUGCCUGUUAGUCUAGAAGAUUUGUUCGUUGGUAAAAAGAAAUCGUUUAAAAUUGGAAGAAAGGGUCCACAUGGGGCUUCUGAAAAGACACAAAUUGAUAUCCAAUUAAAACCGGGUUGGAAAGCGGGCACUAAAAUAACAUACAAAAACCAAGGUGAUUACAAUCCCCAAACAGGCCGUAGAAAAACUUUGCAGUUUGUCAUCCAGGAAAAAAGCCAUCCAAACUUUAAGAGGGACGGUGAUGACUUAAUUUAUACUCUGCCACUAUCGUUCAAGGAAUCAUUACUAGGUUUUUCGAAAACCAUCCAAACAAUUGAUGGCAGAACUUUACCUUUGUCAAGAGUACAGCCUGUUCAACCAUUACAAACUUCUACUUAUCCUGGUCAGGGUAUGCCAACCCCAAAGAACCCAUCUCAGAGAGGUAAUUUGAUUGUAAAAUAUAAAGUGGACUAUCCAAUAUCAUUAAACGACGCCCAAAAACGUGCUAUAGAUGAAAAUUUUUAA